AUGGCAAAGAAAAGUAAGAAGCGAGCUAUAAAACAAGCAAGAGAUAAAGGUGAUAGUGGUAGUCAAUUACAAGUUACACCUUCAUCAUCUGAGUCACCAACUAAUGAAGCACUUGCUUCUUCUAAUAGUGUGAUUAAUGGGGGCAACGAAGGAUCUACUGUACAAAAGAAAAGAGGUUGGGGAAAGGCUAAGGGUGUUUAUCCAGGUCAUAACCGCAAGUGUGAGAUACAUGACAGAAGAUUCAUAGAAAAGAAAAUACCCCAAGAGAUUACUAUUAAGUUCCACCAAAACAUUACUGGGCCAUGGACAACUUUUUCAGAAUACCCUAAAGAACGACUGAAUAUGCUUUAUGAGUUAUACAAAGAAGCAAAAUUUGAGACAAAUGACUUAGUUCUUGAGAGGGAGGUAUUUGAUGAGCAUGUCAAACGACGCUAUCCUGAUUGGAUGUGGCACCUUAGGAAACACUGUGUAACAAAUAAAAUUCCUCAAAAAGAAUGGUACAAGCAUCCCCAUGAUGAUGUAACUCCAACUAUUUGGAAAGAGAUGUGCAACAAAUGGAAUAAUGGCAAGUGGCAGGAAAAGAGUGAUAGAAACAAAAGAAAUCGCAAAGAAAAUCAAGUUAUCAUUGCGACUACAGGUUCUGUACCAAUGGCUAAGCGUAGGAAAGAAUUGGAGGAGAAGAAUGGAUGUGAACCAAGUCCAAUCGAAUGUUUCAGGUCGAUGCAUAUGAAAAAGGAUGGUGUUACUUUUGCCAGUGAAAAAGCACAAAAAUUAUAUGAAAAAAUGGAUGCAAGGAAAUCAGAGGUUGCAUCUCAAGGUGAGAUUGUUAAUGAUAGUCAAAUAUUCUUUGAAGUGACUGGACCUCCUACUCGUGGUUGUGUGCUUGGCAUGGGUGCUGGUGUCAAGCCUAGAGAUGUGUAUGGCCCAAGUUCAUCUAGCCAGUGUAGUAAGCGAUGUCAAGUGGAUCGCUUAAAAGAAAAGGAGGAUUUUGAGCUUCGUUUUAAAGAAUCAGAGGAUAAAAAUUCUGCUGAGAAAAUGAAAUUGCAGGGAGAAAUCAAUCAAUUGAAAGAGGAAAUGCCUAGUAUGAUAAGGUUUGCUUUGGAAAAGAUGGGCUUUAAUUCUAUGCAAGAACCUACUACACAGACCAAUGCUGGAGAAGGAAAUCAAAAUGUGGACGAAAAUACAGAAGAUGACUCUGAGGAGGAAGAUGACUCUGAGGAAGAAGAUGACUCCGAUGGCUCUCAGAAGGAGAAUACUGACUCAGAUGAUGAUUGAUCUUCCAAUAUUUAUGUUUUCAAGUUUGGUGAAGGAUAUUAUAGCUUUCAUUUAGACGUUUUUAUUAAAAUUUUUUAUUCUAUUUUAUAGAUGUUUUAAUAUUUUUUUCUAUUGCAUUAUGUACUUUCUAGAUUUGGACAAUUAUGGAUUUGUGCUUGUUAUUUGAAUAGAAAAACUUUUGGGAGAUUUAUGUUUCCUCGCAAUUAAAAUAUUAGAAAUGAUCUCUCUUUUAUUAUUGACA